GAACUGUAGUUUCUCCAAUUCCUCCCCUUUAGAAGCAGCUGUUUUGCAGCUUCGCCUUCGCUUCUCGGAGGGUCCGGGAGCCUCUGGCCGCUGCCGCUGGGAAGACAGUGCCCAGCCUCCUGCCAUGGUCCACGCCUUCUUCAUCCAGACGUUACGCUGCCGACCCGGGGAAGAGGCCGGCUGCUGCCGAGUGCUCUAUUCCAGGGUCUUCGGCCCUGAAGGGUUGGAAGAUGCUGGUCCCCAGGAUCGCGAGAAGGAGCGGCUGCGCAAGAAGGAGCAGAUCCUGGCCAUCGCCAGACAAGUGGAGUCAGCCUGCAAACUCCACCAGCAAGCCUCCGGGAAGCCUCAGUCCGAGCACCUAGCCCAGCUCCCUGACGAACCCGUUUCUCUCCAGGAUGCCCCGUCGGGGGUCUUCCGCCUCCCCACAGGGGACCCCUUUUCUGAGGACAAGACCGUUCUGUGGCUGGGCAUCCAGUGCCUGGGCUUCGCUCUGGUCUGCGACCCCCACGAGAACCUCCUGCUGGCCGAGAGCACCUUGAAGCACCUCGCCAAGACUCUCGUCGACCACCUCAAGCUGCUGAGCUCAGGGAGCGACGUCGUCCUCAAGGCCGACAGGACAGAGGUCCUUCUUCACAAGUUCCUGCCGCACGGGCAGCUGCUCUUCCUGAACGACCAGUUUGUUCUGGGCCUGGAGAGAGAGGCGAGUGCGGCGCUUUGCAAAUGAAGGAUCUCCAAAGGGAUGGAGGCUUGAACGGCCGUGGGCAGCUGUGGAUGGGUCAGCUGGUUUGCUGCGUACUGCCUAUGCCAGCCUGGACCUGCCUGCAGCCCCUCCGAGCGCUUGGGACUACAAUUCCCAUCGUCCACAGCCAGCACUGGACGAUGGGAUUUGUAGUCCCAAGCACCCAGAGGGGCUGCAGGUGGGUGAAAUGUGCUCUGUGCGACAGCAACGGCACAUGCCACACUGCAUGAUGGAGAAGAAACAGGAGGAAGAAGAGGAGAUGGGGCUUCAGAGACUUAUUACCGCUUCUCUGCCAAAAAACUCGAGUUCUUUCCCCCCCUUUUUUAUUGGUUUUCACAUAUUACAUUACAAUACAGAUGUACCAAAACCAACACCAUUUCCUCCCCAUUACAUUUAUAUUUCCUCCAUCGUAUUAUUCUUUUCUCCUUCCUUCCACUGCCCCCACUCGAUUUCCUCCAAAUUAUACAAUUUACAAUAAUCUUUGCAUUCUACAACCUUCUCAAAUCAUCUACAUAUUCUUAUUAUCUUUCCUUACUAAUUUUUCUUCCAUCCAGUACUUCACGUUUUAAUCUAGGCAUAUUAGCGUAUAUUUUUUUGAGCAAUAUUUUGCCAUAUAUUCAUCAAAACAUUUCCACUCCUUUUUUAAUUUUUGAUUCGACUGAUUUCUUUUUAUAGCAGUUAAUUUUGCCAAAAUUAAAUAUUCAUUUAGUUUACAAAUCCAUACCUCCUUUGUGGGUAUCGUUUGUGACUUCCACCUAGUAGCAAUCACUAUUCUAGCAGCUGUACUUGCAUAUAGAAAAAUUCUUUCUUCCCCCUGUGGUAUCUCUUCAUCUAUCAACCCAAGGAGAUAUGUCUGUGGUUUCUUUGCUAUUGAUAUUUUCAACAUCUUCUUUAGUUCUUCAUGUACUACUACCCAAAAUUUCUUAAUUUCCUCACACCUCCACCACAUAUGUCUUGUUGUUCCUAUUUCUCCACCACAUCUCCAACAGAGGUUGGAUUUCAAUUUGUAUAUCUUUGCCAACUUAACUGGCGUUAAGUACCACCUAUAGAACAUCUUUACAAAAUUUUCUUUAAUUGUAUAAAAAGGUAAAGGUACCCCUGCCCGUACGGGCCAGUCUUGACAGACUCUGGGGUUGUGCGCCCAUCUCACUCUAUAGGCUGGGGGCCAGCGCUGUCCGCAGACAC